AUGAGGUCCCCAGUCCGGGGCCUGGCUCCCAGUGACGCCGAUGAGGGUACAGACACCACGCCACUCUUGCAGGGCUCCCCGCGAGCCGAAGCCGCUCGUGUAUGCUGCUCUGCUCGUUACAACCUGGCGGUUCUGGCCUUCUUUGGUUUCUUCGUCGUCUAUGCAUUACGUGUGAACCUGAGUGUGGCAUUAGUGGGCAUGAUAAAUUCAAAUGCAACGUUAGCAAUAAACAACACCUCCAGCGAAUGUCCAGAACAUUCUGUUCCCAUAAAAGUUCCCCAUAAUCGAAUGAGUAAACAGUAUCAAUGGGAUGCAGAAACUCAAGGAUGGAUCCUUGGUUCCUUUUUUUAUGGCUACAUCAUCACGCAGGUUCCUGGAGGUUAUCUUGCCAGCAAAGUGGGUGGCAAACUGCUGCUAGGAUUUGGGAUCCUUGGCACCGCUGUCUUCACUCUAUUUACUCCCCUUGCUGCAGAUUUAGGGGUUGGAUAUCUCAUUACAGUCAGAACACUAGAAGGACUAGGAGAGGGUGUUACAUUUCCAGCCAUGCAUGCGAUGUGGUCUUCCUGGGCUCCCCCUCUUGAAAGAAGCAAGCUGCUUAGCAUCUCAUACGCAGGAGGACAGCUUGGAACAGUCAUUUCUCUUCCUCUGUCUGGACUAAUUUGCUUCUAUAUGGAUUGGACUUAUGUCUUCUACCUUUUUGGGAUAGUUGGAAUAGUUUGGUUUCUUUUGUGGAUCUGGUUAGUUAGUGAUAAACCAGAAACUCACACAUCCAUCUCCCAUUCUGAAAAGGAAUACAUUCUUUCAUCACUGAAAAAUCAGCUUUCUUCACAGAAGUUGGUGCCAUGGAUUUCUAUGCUAAAAUCAUUGCCACUUUGGGCUAUUGUAGUUGCACAUUUUUCAUACAAUUGGACAUUUUAUACUUUAUUGACAUUACUGCCUACUUAUAUGAAGGAGAUUCUAAGGUUCAAUGUUCAAGAGAAUGGGCUCUUAUCAGCAUUGCCUUAUUUUGGCUGUUGGUUGUGUAUGAUACUCUCUGGUCAACUGGCUGACAACUUAAGGGCAAAAUGGAAUUUUUCAACCAUAUGUGUUCGUAGAACUUUCAGCUUUGUGGGGAUGAUUGGACCUGCAGUAUUCCUGGUAGCUGCUGGACUUAUUGGCUGUGAUUAUUCGCUGGCUAUUGUGUUCCUAACAAUAUCAACAACGUUAGGAGGCUUUGCCUCCUCUGGAUUUAGCAUCAACCAUCUGGAUAUUGCUCCUUCGUAUGCUGGUAUACUCCUGGGCAUCACAAAUACAUUUGCCACCAUUCCGGGAAUGAUUGGACCUGUCAUUGCUAAAAGCCUGACUCCUCAUAACACUAUUACAGAAUGGCAAACUGUCUUCUUUAUUGCUGCUGCUAUUAAUGUAUUUGGUGCAAUUUUCUUUACACUGUUUGGCAAAGGUGAAGUACAAAAUUGGGCUCUUAGUCAUUACCAUGGACACAGAAACUGA